AUGGACGCAGGCCUGACCGCCGCCGAAUCCCGCGAGCUGGAGACCCGGCUGCAAAAGCGCCAAGUGAAGGAGUUCAUGAAUGUCUUCGGGAACCUCGUGGACAACUGCUUCAACUCGUGCGUGGACGACUUCACCUCCAAGGCGCUCUCGGGCCGCGAGUCGGGCUGCAUCAGCCGGUGCGUGACCAAGUCGAUGACGACGCAGGCGCGGCUGGGCGAGCGCUUCGCCGAGCUGAAUGCCAGCAUGACGGCCGAGAUGUCGAAGCGGUAG